AUGUCUGAUCAUAACCAAACUCAAUUGCAUAAGACCGCCACUAUUUCGUCCAAGGAAUGGGUUUCACCUUUUAGGGCCAGCGGUGGGAAAAAUGUAAAGGCAGAAAAACUGGCUACUUUGGAAACUGCUGAGGAUGAAAGCAGGAAGAUUCCUAACAAAGGUGAAACUGUUGAUGCUGGUGUUGCUACACAGAAAGAACUACAAAAGGAUGAAGAGGCUGAAUCCGAGGAAGCCCUUGAAACUGAAGAGCCAUUAAUCAAAACUGAAGAAAGUGACAUUGAUGAUGAUGCUGAAGACGAGGAACCCCUAGAAAACCAAGAAGCAGCUGCAAUUGAGAAGGAGCAGAACGAAGAAGAAGAAGAGGAAGCUUUCAAGCCAGCUACAGAUUCCGAAGAUGCUAGCCAGGUUGCAGAGGAAGUCGUUCUUCCAAAUGCAAGAGACGCAAAAGUGAGUGAGCCAGCUGCAACUGAAGAGAGCAAAGCUCCUGCUAAGGAAGUCAAGCCAGCUCUCCAGGAAAUACCUCAAAAUAUCAAAAAGAAACCAAAAAUGUUGGGAAGAUACAAGGAGAAUUUUAACAUUGCAAGUCAAGUUAUGAACAAAAACCACAUUGAAUAUCUCGAUCGCCGUAUUGAUUUAGGUGCAGGCUUAGUACUGACCGAACAGCAAAUCUAUGAUUUGGCAAAAAAGAAGCUUGAGCCACUGAUGAAGCAGAUCGACAACAGGGUUGCUGAAAAUAAUGCAAGAGAUGCAGAAAAGGCUGCUAAAAUUGAGGAAGGUAUUAGAAAGAAAGAUGAAGCUGUUGUUGCUCAAAGCCUCGCUUCCUAUAAAUCUAUCAUUGAAAACAAGAAGAAAGAAGUUCAAGCUGAACAUGAUAAUAAGUUUAAAGAAUUGGAAGACAAAGCUGCUAAAUCAAAAGAAGAUUAUGAAAAAUAUCUUGAAGAUGAGAAAGACGGUAUUGUUAAAGAUGACGAAGACUCGAAAAAAGCGGAAGAAAAGGCAGUUGAUGAUCAUCUUGAAAACAAGAAAAAGCUUCUAACUGACUAUUUUGAAACCAAGGAAAACAAGGCCAAGGAAUUAGAAGAAGUUAAAACCAAGCAAACGGAAGAGUCAAAUUUGAUUGAGAAAUUCGAUAAAGACACUUCUGAUUUGAGAGAAAAUUAUCCUAACUUACAAUCAAAACUUGAAGCUAAGAAAGCAGAAUUGGAAGAAUUGAUCAAAAAGUCUGAAGCUCUUGUUAAAGAAAAACACGAGAAGCACGAAAGCCACCGGAAAGCUGUUUACAGAAAGAAAGUUGCUGACAGAUCUUUCAACAUUAUCAAUUCAACAUACAGCAAAGCUGCUGCCAAUGUGGCUCUAUUAGGUACUCAAAUUGGUUUACUUGAAAACAGGUUUAAUGCACACUCAACCAAGAUUGAGCACUUGAAUACUGCUGGAAAGGAAAGACUGGUAAACAAGAAGGCUGAUGCAUCCAAAGCAGCUGAUACUUGGGACCAACAUCUUUCUCAGGUUCGUCUAGAAGAAGCUCAGAAGCAAGAACAAAUCAGAAUAGCAGCAGAGGAAGAAAGAAAGAGAAUUGAACUGGAAAAGAAAGAGGAAGAAGAAAGACUUGCAAAAGAGAAAGAGGAGGAAGAAGCGAGAUUAGCCAAGGAAAAGGAAGAGGAAGAGGCGAGACUAGCUAAGGAGAAAGAGGAAGAAGAAGCUAGAUUAGCUAAAGAGAAGGAAGAAGCUCGGUUAUUAGCUGAAAAGAAGAAGAAAGAGGAGGAAGAAGAAGCUGCCAGAGUCGCAGAAGAAGUCCAGAGACUCAAGAGACUGAAUUCUUUGAAGGAAGAGAAAAUUGCUUUACAAAAGAAGUUGGAAGAACAAAAGAAAGCCGAACUAGCAGCAGGCUCGAAGAAGGAAAAAUCAUCUAACGUCGGUACAGCAGCUAUUGCAGCUGGUGGGGCAGCUUUAGGUGCUACUGGUGCUGCAAUUGGCGCUACUAUUGGUGGAGUCUCUUCGGGUGCAGGUAAUGCAGUUGCCGGUGUUACUUCAAAUUUACCAACGAUGGGAAAGACGCUUGAUCCAUUCAAGAAUUUCUCUACAGAUGCAUCAGAAACUUCAUAUCAAGAUGAAUUGAAGAAUUCAACUGCAAACACUUCAUCUGCUAUGGAAAAAUCUCUCAAUCCGUUUUAUACUGGCGACUUCAAUGAUAAGGAUGAUUUACCUUCUACUAUCCACGAGGAGGAGCACUCUCAACAUACUUCGGAAUUACCGAAGGGUGAAAAGAAAGAUGUUGAUGGAAAUGUGGAAGAAGUUGUCCAAGAAAGUAAACCUGAAGGAGAUUCAAAAACAGUUGAUAAUGAGGUAGAGAUUCCAACUACUUCUUCCACAGCAGCAGCACCUGUUGCAAACAGGAGAAGGUCGAUGGUUGAAGAGGCUUUAGCGCAUAAAACGCCGGAGGAAUUGGCAAAGAUUAAUGUUCCCCUAGAGCAGCAAGUCAAGUUGUCUCCUAAAAAGACUUCUGUGAAGGAGCCAGCAAGUCCAGCGCCAAGAUCAAGGUCUGGCUCAUUCUUCAAAAGAAGAAACUCUCUUUCCCGAACCAACUCUAUCAAGGCGGACAACUCCAAACAAACCCAGUCACGUUCUAGAAGAAAUUCAACUGCAAGCAGUUCAUCCAAAUCAGCUACACCAGUCUCUGCACCCGUUACAAAGAGCCCUGUCAAGGCCAAGUCGCCUACUGCAAGCUCAACACCAAUUGAGAAAUCCACUGAUAAGUUCCCUGAGUCAUCAACCGAUGCGAAUGCAACAGUGAGAAGUUUAGCACCGUCGGGCCUAUCGACUGCCGAAGUAUCUGAAGCCAAGGCGGUCAGAAUCAACACUGACCAUGAAACCCCAAAGAAGCUAACUAGCAAGGAAGAGAAUGACGAAGAAGAUGACGUUGACUCAGACUUGGAACCAGCUUCUGUCAAUCCUGUUUUCACAGAGAAAAUAGGCGGUCCUGAAGUUCCUGCAUCUACCACGGCUACGAGCGGUGCUCCAGCCAAAAUAGAAGAGGACAGUGAUGCAUAUACACUGGAAACAGUAGACAGUGCCGAGUUCAAGGCCAACAGGGACGAUCCAAACUAUAUGGUUCUCAAGACCUAG